UCCAACCUUACCCAAACAUUUGCAUUUGGGGAUCGCUCUAGCAAGACUUCCUAAAGAGACAAAUUUUGGACAUUUUUUGUGGACAACUGCAAGAAACUUUCUGAGGAAACAUGGUGUCAGCUGGCUUUCAGAUUUUGGGCAUUGCUCUCUGCAUUAUCGGCUGGAUUGGGACCAUCGUUGUCUGUGCCCUUCCCCAGUGGAAAGUGACAGCCUUCAUCGGCCAGAACAUAGUGACUGCGCAAACUACAUGGGAAGGCAUCUGGAUGAGCUGUGUGGUUCAGAGCACAGGCCAGAUGCAGUGCAAGGUUUAUGACUCCAUGCUGGCCCUUUCCCGAGACCUCCAGGCUGCCCGCGCCCUCAUCAUCAUCUCUAUCCUGAUUGGUAUCGUUGGCAUCCUCCUGGCCAUCGCAGGGGGCAAGUGCACCAACUGUGUGGAAGAUGACAGUGCUAAAGCCAAAAUCAGCGUGGCAGCUGGUGUGAUCUUCAUCAUUGCUGGUGUUAUGUGCCUCAUCCCCGUGUCCUGGACUGCAAACACCAUCAUCAGGGACUUCUACAACCCAACCCUUGUGGGGUCGCAGAAGAGGGAAGCCGACAGGAUGGUUUCUCAGGGGAUUCAAAUCACUGGCAUAUCGAUGGCUGUGGUUGGCUGGUUCUUGGUCAUCGUGGUGUGCGCCUUACCCAUGUGGAAGGUCAGCGCUUUCAUUGGAGCCAACAUCAUCACGGCUCAGAACAUCUGGCAGGGAAUGUGGAUGAACUGUGUGGUGCAAAGUACGGGUCAGAUGCAGUGCAAGGUGUAUGACUCCAUGCUGGCCAUGCCUCGGGAUCUGCAGGCCGCUCGUGCCAUGAUCAUCAUCUCCAUCCUGACUGGAAUCUUCGGAGUGAUUUUGUCCAUUGCUGGUGGGAAAUGCACAAACUGCAUUGAGGAUGAGCGAUCCAAAGCAAAGGCUUGCAUCCUGUCUGGGGUUUUGUUCAUCGUCUCGGGGCUGCUCUGUCUCAUUCCGGUCUCCUGGUCUGCCAACAGCAUCAUCACCAGCUUCUACAACCCGCUGAUGAUCGAAGCCCAGAGGUUUGAGUUGGGAGCGGCGCUGUAUAUCGGCUGGGCAGCUUCUGCGCUGCUGCUGAUGGGAGGGGGACUACUGUGUUGGAACUGCCCGCCUAAACACGAACACCCCCACUACGUACCCAAAUUCACACCUGUGAAGUCAACCUCCACAUCAAGAGAAUAUGUGUAAGAUGGUUUUUCCAUCCCAACAUCGACUCUCAAGGUCACAGGAAAUUCACAAGUAGGAAAUGAUAGAUUGCUUUCAAAUUCAGUUAUAAUGUAGAUAUAUUCACAGACAAUGUAAAUGUGGCAUUAAAUCACAGCUCGCCACAAGCUGAAUACUGAGGUUCGACUGCAGGUUGUGCGUUUGUCAAAGUGACCUUUCCCAUGGCAGACAUGUUGUUGAGUCCAACAAGUGAAACUAACAGCAAAAACAAUGGCUGCAUUCCAUUUAGCUGUCCCAGCAAGGUGCUUGGAUCACGUAGGCUCUUUAUUUUUAUACUUAAUCACAAUGUUUGCCAUGAAAAUAGUCUGCCAGCUUAAACACCAGAAGGGGCAAUUAUUUUUUUGUGUCAUUUUAAAUGUUAAAGACCCUCUUCAGGUAUUGAUUAAACCCCUCAACACCAUCAAAGAUUUUGAAGUACCCUGCAGUACCAAGAUGGAAAUGCUCAGCUAUGAUGACCUCCAAUUUUGCUCUUUUAACUUAAAAAGAACCACCAUAUAGACAUGUUAACAGGGUAAAAAUCUUGAGUUUCACUGGAGGGUGGAUUCAGUGAAAUGAACUUUCAAAAUGUUUAGUUCAUAUUGGAAUGUAGCUGGUUUGAGGAAUAUGAUUUGCAUCAUGAACAGUCAAUGUACAUAUUCUCCCACAUUUUUCUAAGGAUUUCACAAGAAUGUAAUCAUUUUAAUUAUUUUUCAGGUGGUAACUGAUGAACAAAUAAAGGGAAAAAAAAUGAUAGCUUCUUUAUGUACAACUUCCACUUAAGCAUGUCAAGAGGGGUUGAGAUUUGAGAUCCCAGGAGCGGCCAUUAAUGCGGACUCUGGCAAUAAAUGAACAGAACAAGGGAUUACAGGUUGCAAGUUUUAUAUUCUGAUGAUUACAUGACUAACUUUAUUGAUGAUUGUUUGCCUCUUUUAAUAUUGAUGUUCAUAAGUAUUAAAGAAUGAUUUAAGGUGAUUCUGUUUAAAGAAGUAAGUCUUAACUGCAUAAGGAGGUGUUGUACACAGGACAUGACUAACAGGCCUCACCUGGUCUAUCCUAGCUAACAGCAUUCCCACUGUCCCAACACGAGUUGUUUUUCAGGCCUUUUCUAGCUGUCAGCAUUUACACAUCCUUAACCAGAAUUAUGUCUUAACUUUGUCCUUGCUGUCAGCACUUGCACUUCCUUAAAAUGACAGGAAUUACGUCUUUUAUUACAAAAGGGGGGGUGUUUAAUUGCUCAUUUUUGUGUAAUAAUGUAUUGCAUGGUAUGUAUAGUAGCGCAUAUGGUAUGUGGUAAUGGUGCAUUUUUUAAAAUCUGUCCUGCCAUUUUCACAACUUCAAAAUCACACAUUUCAUUUGAGAAAUCUCUGAAUUCCUUUCACUCUGCAUUUUGUGUGUGCUUGUAUAACUUCUACUGUUCUGGUACUGUAAAUAAACUAUGUUCUUCCUGAA